CUAGCUUUAGGCUUUGACCUGCAAACCAUUCUGAUAUAUAUCGAUGAAUAUAUUCAUUGAUAUAUCCAUAGAUAUUCCCCAUGGAAACCCAAAGUCCUCCUCCUCAAGAGCCAAGCGUAGAUUAUUACCAUUCGAACGUGGACACUUCCCGCCCCUUCCGUUCUGUGAAAGAAGCAGUGGCCAUCUUUGGCGAGCGGAUUCUGGUGGGAGAAAUAUACUCUUGCACUCCCAACAACCAAAUCAUCACAUCAUCAUGGUGUCCACCGCCGGAUGACAAUAAUAAUGAAGUGGUAGAAGAAGCUAAUGAUGAUCAUAAUGAAAAAGAAACAGAAACAGAGACAGUGUCGGCAGUGGUGGUUCUGGAUACGCUGAAAAGGCUAGAAUUAGAGCUGAAGGAUACCAAGGCGGAGAUGAAGUUGCUCAGCGACAGAGAGCAGGAGACUGAGGUGGCAUUGGCAUCCUUGAACGCCCAGCUUCAUAAGAACAUGUCCAGGUUGGCCCAAGCUGAGGCUGCUGCUGCAAACGCACAGCUUGUAGUCGCAACAACAAGAAGUAUUACCACACCAACCCCAUCCUCCUCCUCAGCAGCACCACCACCGCCACCACCACCACCACCACCACCUACUAGUACUAGUAGCGCAUUAAUUAACGUCGCAAAAGAUCAACAAAAUAAAGAACUACAAGAGGAUAUGGCCAUGAUAAGAAGGAGGAAGGAGCUGAUGAAAAGCAUGCAGAAAAACACCACCCUCGCUCAAAUACUAAGCCUUGAGAAUGAUGCUUUCUUUGCCAACGGCAACAAAAAAAGGAAUCAAAUUCAAAACCAAUUCACCAAGAAGAAACCCAUCGUUCCUCUUGUGGGAGACUUGUUCUUUUUCAGGAAGAAAAACACCUCCUCCUUCUCAUCUAACCCACAGCUGCUGUAUGCAUCCUCUCAAUUUUAUCACUUAUGAUCUCCACUCCUACAGCUCUCCAAGAAAAUACAUACAUAUAUCUAUAUAUAUUUAAA